AGAAAAAAGAAGGGAGAGCAAAAAUGCCAGAAAACGUCAUUUACGCUGACUUGAACUUGACCCAACCAACCAGCCCCAGGCAGCAGACCACUGACACCCCAGAUUGUACAUAUGCAGAAGUGAAGGUGCAGUCCCUAGACACAAAUGCUGAUGCUAGCUACACAUCAACUGGUAAAAGAUGUUGCUCCAGAACGCGGGUGGCUGGAGCGGUUGCUGUGACACUCCUCCUGCUGGUCGUAGUGCUGUGUCUGAUGCUCACCUACCAUCCAACUGCAAGCAGCUCACCUGACAUCAGAACACUCCCUACCACCUAUGAAGAAACACUAGCCUGCCCCAAAAACUGGGAAAGAAAUGGGGGAAAAUGCUACUUCUUUUCUAAAACAAAUGGAUCAGCUGGCUGGAAUGUCUCCCGUGAGGAGUGCACUAAAAAGGGUGCAGAACUGGUGGUCAUUGACAACAAGGAAGAACUGGAUUACCUUUCUUCACGGUCAAAAUGUUGUUACUACCUUCUUGGUCUCAGAUACUCUGAGAGUGAGAAGAAGUGGAAGUGGAUUAACGGUGUGGAACACAGCAAAGACAUGUUUGAAAUAAAAAAAGAGCCUGACUACUUCUGUGCUGUCAUCAGAAGCGGCAAAGUCGAAAGUGCAGCCUGCACAGGAGCCUCAAGCACACAGAACAUGUGUGAAAAAGCUGCAGGUACUUCAGAAAGGCAGAGGCAGAGCUGAAAGCAAGAGGUCCAAGCAGGAAUGUCAUCUGCUGCUUCCUGGAGAUGGGAUUUGCCUUAUUUAUCUUUAGCUGUCUGAAUAUCUAGUCAAAGGGACUCUUACAGGCUCCCUGAGACGCCUUGCCGAACCUAGCACAUUGGUUCCCAGGAUGGGUAUCUGAGGCUGAGUGGAUCUGCUCUGAAGAAGACUUCAUCUUCAUACAUCAGGAGUCUGCCUGACAGAAAAGGGGAAGCUGCCCUGGGGCCACUGUGGAACUGCACAGGUCCAUCAUACCCAGAGAGCUGCAGAAAGUCAGGACUCAGCAACAAAACUGCACAAGGAAAUCUCUAAUGAGGAAGUUUGCUUGAAAGUGGCUUCCUUACCCCUGCUUCUGGGCUUUCUUUGCUCACAGAGUUGUCUUCUUCUGGUUUUGUCAUCUCUGUCUGAAA